UAUUAUUAUUAUUAUUAUUAUUAUUAUUAUUAUUAUUCUCGCUCAAGUAGCAUGACGGGGUUGUGUCUAAGUUUUAGUCCGACUAGAGCAGGCAUCCCCAAACUGCGGCCCUCCAGAUUUUUGGCCUACAACUCCCAUGAUCCCUAGCUAACAGGACCAGUGGUCAGGGAUGAUAGGAAUUGUAGUCCAAAACAUCUGGAGGGCCAAAGUUUGGGGAUGCCUGGUUUAAGGAAUACUUAAGCCAGAAUGGGUGGUUAGGGCACUGGGGACAACAAUGGUCGUUCUUCUCCUCCCCUCCAUUUGCAGCAAUGCUAUUAAAGUUCUAUUAUCAGUAUACAACAACUUACUACUCAACAACAUCUUACUACUCAACCUUCACUUGCAGGUUCCAGGGGCGACAAGCACCUUACUCACCUGCCCCAGCUUUACCUUCACAACAACCCUGUGAAAUAGGCUGCACGCUUAUCAUGGACUUACCUGUGGAAAAAUGGAAGCUUUACAUUAACCAGAAACUGACUUCACUGCAGCCAUUAUUGAAGGAAGAGCUUUGUCCCUCCAUGUCGCUCAGGGACAGCUUGCUUCUUUCCUUGACUCUUUUGCAUCCUGAAGAUGAAGAGUAUUUGCUCAGGUUGUCCAGGUACUAUUGUGUGAAGAAAGAUCCUAAGAUGACUCUGUCCUGCAAGGAGGAAGGGAACAAAUGGUUUCGGAAAAAGGAGUACAGAACAGCAGCAGUACUCUAUUCCAGGGCACUGUCCCACGCAGAGGCCGGCAGCCCAGAAAUGGCGGUGUGUUAUGCCAACCACUCGGCAGCUCUUUUCCACCUGGGUCAGUUUGAGGUUUGUUUGGAGGACAUUAAGAGGGCACAGGGAGGGGGCUACCCAGAAGAACUGCUCCCCAAGCUGUUGCUGCGGAAGGCCGACUGCCUCCUUUCUCUAGGUCGAUUUCAGGAGGUGACAGAAGCCCUAAGCAGCAUAGAGGAGAAAAUGUCUGCAGACCAUCAUGUGCUGCUUAGUCAAUUCAACCAGCUGAAACUCAAAGCCUGCAAAGGGAAGAGUGGUUCAGUCUGUCAGCCUGCAGUGUCUGACAGGAUCCAGAAGGAUUUGGAGCCCUGGGAGGAGAGCAGUAGGAUUUCAUGUGCCUCUGCAUCAGUGAGCUUGAACUUCUCUGCGUGCAAAGGGCGCCAUUUAGUUGCAGCCAAGGAUAUCCUUCCUGGCGAAAUCUUAGUGAGUGAAGAGGCCUUUGUAAGUGUGCUAUGCCCCGGGGAAAGCCUCUUGCUUCAAGGCAGUGCGGAGGCCAUGUUGAAUGGGCAGCCGGCUAACGAAGAUCUUCACUGCCACCAUUGCUUGAAGCAGCUGCUGUCACCCGUUCCCUGCCAGGGGUGCAGUUAUGCCAAAUACUGCAGCCAUGCCUGUGCCCAGCUGGCAUGGAGGACCUACCACAGCAGAGAGUGCUCCUUCGGGGGACUGCUUCUGACAUUGGGAGUCUUCUGCCAUAUUGCCUUAAGAUCAGUUCUGGUGGCAGGCUUUGCAGAGGUCAGCGCUUUAAUAAAGCAGUCACACACAGAGGAAGUGGUGGCGGAACCUGUUGCUGAAGCACCAGCUUCCAGUGGGGUUGUAGAAGAGAACUCGGCCUCCUCCAUUCCUGGCUGCGAUGCUGAUGGGCGGUAUAGCAGUUCCUACCAAGCCAUCUUCUGCCUCUUGCCACACACUGAAAAGCACAGCCUUGAGCUCAGGCUCCUCUGCAGCCUGAGCGUUGCUGCCUUGUGUAAGAGGCUUGGAGAAGCUGGCCUGGAGGCUUUCAUUUCAGGGAAGAGCACACCUGAAGACCAGGGCGGAUCGAAAGCUGGCAAAGCAUGUCCUGAGUGGGAAGUCCCAGGGGAGGCUAUGCUGAGGCACAUGCUGCAGCUGCAGUGCAAUGCGCAGGCAGUGUCUGCGCUCCGCGUGUCAAGGUCUGAAAAUGGGCCAGUGGCUAGCAGCAAACAGGUGCGUGUGGCCACAGCUCUCUACCCCGUGGUCAGCCUCCUGAACCACUCCUGUGAGCCAAACACCAGUGUGACUUUCAGCGGCAGAACCGCAGAGGUCAGAGCUUUGCAGUCAAUCCCAAGAGGGCAGGAGAUUCUCCACUGCUAUGGUCCUCACAGGUGCAGGAUGGGGGCUGCUAAAAGGCGUAAGCAGCUCCUUUCUCAGUAUUUCUUUGAAUGUCGGUGCCUGCCCUGCUUGGAGGAGCUGCAGCCCGUCUCAGGAAAGAGAGCAUCCUCCCAAGAUGGUCUCUUCCAUUGCCCUGCCUGCCACAAGCUCAUGCAGCAGGGCGCAGAGGGUUUGCUCCAUUGCUCCAGUGGGGCCUGCAAAGUACGAGUUCAUGAGGAUCACUUCCAGCAUCAGCUUAGUGACCUUCGACUGCAAGCUGAGGUGGCCUUGGAGCUUCUGCAGUGUGGCCACCCAGAUCAGUCGAUGGAGCUGCUUCUGAAAUGCAGGUUGGAUGCCAAGAGAUUCCUCUCUCCAGCGCACUUGAUGGUGGGAGAGAUUGAGGAUAGCCUGGCGCAAGCCUACGUCACCCUGGGGAAGUGGCAGGAAGCAGCAGGGCAUCUACGCAGUAGCAUCCAGGCUGUGGAAGCCCAUUACGGCCCCUCCAGCAUAGAAGCAGGCCAGGAGCUCUUCAAACUGGCACAAAUCCUCUUCAAUGGGCAUGCUGUACCAGAAGCCCUGCACACCAUCCAGGAGGCUGAGAAUGUUUUGUCUAGGCACCUCGGCCCCCAGAGUACCGAGCUGCAAGAGCUGCAAGAGAUGAAAGCCUGCCUGGAGGAGUUGCUCGGAGGAGGAGGAGGAACCUCUGUUGCCAGUGCAAGACCCAAAAUGUUCAACAAGAUAAUGAACUACUGAGACCCACACAGUUGUUCUUGGGGCAUGUUUAUUGCAGCAGCAUAUCCAUGCAGAGGUUCAAAUCCAUCCUCAGGGUUCCAUGUGUGAUCUUGGGCAGAUGGCAAUACCGUAUCUGGCCGCAUCUCAGUGGCAGCGUUGCUAAACAGGAAUGGCUUCUUGGGAAGAAGAAGGGGACAAGGGCAAAUAAAUCUGGGUGUGAUGGCCUGGGACUCAGACUCUGACUCGGAACCAGAGGAGUCUCAGUCUGCACCGGAUCCUCUGCCUCGGACAUCAUCUGAACCAAGCCUGGGGCCUGAUUCUGAGGAGCCUCAGUCUGCACAUAUUCCCCUGCAACAAGCACCAGCUGGGCUGAGUCAGGGGCCUGAGCCUGUCCUGGCUCCAGAUGCAGGGAAUACCUCGUUGCCGUCAUCUGGGUCAUCACUGACAGCUGACCCACUACUGGCUGAGUCAGGAGAGGCUGAGGCGGCUCCUGGGUCUAGUAACCCACCGGCGUCUCCCGAGCUGCAGAGACUCAGGUCUGAGAGAAGGAAAGACCUGAGUGCUCGCCUUCGAGCGAGACAGGGUGGUGAGUCGUCGGGCGAUCGGGACCGGCCAUUACCACAUCAGAGAUAAAAGGCGGUCAGACCCCGUCCCAGGUUGCGGGAGCAACAUUGCUGUUUGCCACAUCCUGCCUGUGUUCCUGACCUGCACCCUGCUUCGGCUACAUCGGACUGACUCUACGUUGACACUUUGGACCGCGGACCGGACCUGGACCUGGCUUCUCAUAUUACCCACAGGACCAGCACACUGGGCCACUGAAAGUGCAACAAUUAAUGUUGUUGUUGUUUGUGUCCUUCAGAGGCAAAGUCAAACCACUAGCAGCACCGAAGUGACUUCCCUGGGGAGCAAGCCUGGGCAGUAUAUGGAGGUCCUGGGCUGCCCAGGUGACAAGAUGCCUCUCUCAGCCUCACUUAUGUGGUCCAAAGGAAAGCAGAGCAAUACGUUUGGUGGCAGGAGUUGCUGAAAGGAGGCGUACAAAGCGCCAUCCAACUGUCUUAAGGACUCCACUCUGGCGUUGUAAAGGGCUUACUCCUGAGCCUUUUCUUCUCUUGAAGAUACCCCACAAGGCAGUGGAGGUUUAGGACCAGAAUUUUCCUUCUCCUAGAUGGACUACCUUCCCAAGUUGACAAACCCCACUUGCUCCUCACCUCUCUAAGGUACGUGCUGAAACCGCCUUCUUGACCGUUGGACCCACUUUUGCUCUUACCUGCUCUAUCCACCAGAGCCUGUCUUCACAUGCAGGGGAAGUCCCUAACUGACUGAGGGUUUGAGAUGCAUUGGCUAUCCUCACCUGGUUUAGCUGGCCAAAUGAAGCCAUUCCCUUCCUGUCACAAAUUUAGUGAUGAGAGGGAGCAACUGGUGAAGGAAAGCCUGCCUGCCUGCCCUUAUACUGUGAAGCUGGCUGGGAGACACUUUAUGCAGGGUCUGCUUCCUGUACUGACCUUG